AUGGUGACCUCGGUGGCAUUGAUGGGUCACGAUAUUUAUAACCAACUCUCGGAAAAUACGAACUCUCGCGAACCUCUGGCUACCUGCGCGGAGGAAGCGCACCACCGCUCGCUGAUAUUUCGUCCGGUGACGAAACGGAGACUCGCGCUUUCAAGCGGAGUGCCCGCUUGGAAAAACGCCGGUCGCCAUAAAUCCGGCCAGUUUUCCGUAGCAUGGCUGUUCUUUGUCCGAAAGAGGCGUUCAUCUUGCCAUGGCUUGCACGGCUCCGCGAUGGGAUUCCCUCCCCAAAAAGCUGGGAUCUUUUGGUGGGUUUCUUCGAGAACUCGCUCGAAGACGUCAGGCAACGUUACGACGAAAGAGAUUCUCGACUUUGGUCGAGCGAAUGAAAGAAAGGACAGACGACCGAUAGACGAGCGAGAGAUAGUGAGUGCGGCGAUGCCGAGGCACUCGAUAUCCUGCGAAAAAGGUCAAACGAUCGCAGAGAGAGAGUCGAUGGCAGAGAGAUAUCGGGACAAAGGUUUUGGCUGGAAAGUCCGGCGGCCUGUUUGCCGCGGUGGCGAAGAAAAGAAGCCAAAGAAUCUGCUAUAG